UAAAGGCAGAAAAUAUAAAUAAGUUAGAAUUCAGUUAUGAACCAUAUGUCUUUUGGGUUAACUAGAAAAAAAAAAAAAACUCAAUCUGCCUGAGAACAAUGUGUGCCCACUGACUGAUUACCACAGUUUCAGUAGUUUGAUGUUGUGGGGAGUUUAAGAUGACAAGAGUGUGUGUGUGUGUGUGUGUGUGUGCGAGGGUGGGAGUGUAAAUCUGAAGCAGAGAGCUGGAGUUUCCUGGAAACACGCUCGGCUGACCUUUACAUCUGCAGUUUCCUCACUUCUGCCUCAGAUUAACAUUAGAAUUAUCAGAAUUCUCUCAGGUCCAGCAACAUGGAGCUGUACACCGGGGCGGAUUCCCUUAUUUACGAGUUUACAGAUCUUGGUUUUGACAACAUCUCAGAUAUUCCACCACUAGAAGACGAGUUUGUCUGUACCAACCAGGUUGACUCUCUGCGAAUGUAUCACACCGUCUUCCAGCCUCUGGUCUACAGUCUGGUGUUCCUGCUGGGCGUCACAGGAAACAGCCUCCUCCUGACCGUCCUACUGCAGCACCGUGCCCGCCUCCGCAUCACCGAGAUCUACCUGCUGCACCUGGCGCUGGCUGACCUACUCCUGCUCUUCACCUUCCCGUUCGCCAUAGUCGAGGUACUGACCGGCUGGGUGUUCGGCAACUUCCUGUGCAAGUUCCUGGGGCUCCUGAACCGGCUGAACCUGGUGUGUGGAAGUCUGCUGCUGGCGUGCAUUGGCUUUGAUCGCUACCUCGCUGUCGUUCACGCCAUCUCCAGGCUUCAAACCCGUCGUCCGCGGCUUGUCCACCUUACCUGUGCUCUGCUCUGGCUCUUCUGCCUCAUGGUGACCAUGCCCAACGUUGUGUUCCUCUCAGUGAUGCCCAGCAAUCAGUCUGACCGGCUGGAGUGCCACUUCAACAGCCAUGGCAUCUACGCCAACAACUGGCUAAUCGCUAAUCGCUUGCUGAACCACUUCUUGUGCUUCUUCCUGCCUCUGAUUAUCAUGGGAUACUGUUACACUGCUGUGGUGGUCACCCUUUACCAGGGUCAGCAGAGUCUGGAGAAGCAGGGGGCUAUUCGGCUGGCGAUGGUGGUUACCCUGGUGUUCUGCUUGUGCUGGCUACCCUUUAACAUCACCUCGUUUUUGGACACUCUGGUGCGCUUGGAUGUUCUGUCGCAGAAAACCUGCCAGGCUAGAAAUUCGUUAAUUCAGGGUCUGGUGGUCACUGAAAGUAUUGGCUUCAUCCACUGCUGCCUUAACCCGAUUCUGUACGCUUUUGUUGGGGUGCGCUUCCGGAAAGACCUCCUGCGACUGCUGGCAAAAUGGGGCUGCGGAAAGGCUGGAGUUCUGAGUAGGGUGUCGGUCUCUGAGUUGGCAACCACCACCACCAGCAGCCAGUACCAAUACUGUCGGGAUACAUAAAAGAAACUUCUCCGAAAAGUGUUUGUAAUAAAGUUUCUGACUUUUUUCAACCAAUCACUGGCUUGAUGCUUUUGACUAUGUAAUGUAGUGCAUUGCUGUGUAAGUAGAGGUGGGACAAAAUAUUGAUAUUGCCAUUGAUUUGCAAUACAUUAUUGAUAUGUGCCAUCAAAUAUGGAUAUUUUUAUUGAAACAUAGGCUCUCUAAAGUCUAAGACCUGCCCCCAACUUGAAUUUGCUUUACUAAAGUUACUGCUUCAUUACUCCACAUGGUGGUGCAAACCAAAUGAAUAGGGUUAACCUGCUGUGAGGAAUAAUGGUUGUCAAAUUCUGUAAAAAACUGACACCAGAGCUCCAGAUUAAGACAGUCCCACUGUCCCUGGGCCAAUAAAAAUAGCACACCAGACAAGAUUAAGGCUCUUUCUGGAUACUUUUGGGAAGGAUCAAUUGCAUUCUGUAAAAAUGGCUAGAAGCUGUUUUUAAGGAGAACGCAUGCUGGUUGGAAUAUGAUAUGGAAUUUUCCUACUGCUUAGCAUAAGGUCUGUUUACAGAUAAAGUUCUGCCUUAAAACAUGGAGCCAAUCAGUCUGUUGGUAACACUGUUGUCAGUCAACUCGGGAGCUUCAAAAGUGGCCAUGGUAAUCAACUAGUAGCAACUAGCUGGAUAAAGGCAGAAAUGAACUGUAUUGAUGAGAAAUUGAUGAGACCCUUAAAGACACAUAAAUAGUAAAGUUAAAAAUAAAUAGUUGGGUCAGAUAGUUUUCAGUUUGGGACAGCAGACAGAAGUUUGGGACAGUUGUAAAAAAGUUAGUCUGUAUGAAAAUACCAUGGGUUCUGGUAUUUGCUUAUUUAGGAGUAUUUUAUCCUUUUCAGUAGCACAGAUAAUGUGAAGUAUUAUAGAGAAUUGUCUUACGCUAUAUUGUUUAUUGUAGAGUAUCAUGAUAUCAUCGUUAUCGUGGGCAGAGUAUUGUGAUAAUAUUGCCUCGUAAAAUGCCCUGUGAUUCCCACCUAUGUAUAAGCCACACUAUUUGGACAUUAAUACUGGGGCACCUACAAAUUAAACCUAAAUGAGUUUUUAUUAUCACAUCCCAUUAUAAACCUAAAGCAUUAACAUUGAGUUGAGCUCCUGAGGUGGCAGCGGUAUAUGGUCUCUGAUUACUGCUUUGCACACUCUUGGCAUCAUUCUCUCAAUGAGCUUCAAGAGGUGGUCACCUGAAAUGGUUUUCCAACAAUCUUGAAGGAAGGAGUUCCCAGAGGUGUUUAGAACCUGUUGGCCCCUUUGCCUUCACUCUGAGGCCCAGCUCACCCCAAACCAUUUGGAUUGGGUUCAGGUCCGGUGACUGUGGAGGCCAGGUCAUUUUUUGUUAAGUACAUAAAACUCCACAUGUGUUCAUUUAUAGUUUUGAUGCCUUUAGUGAGAAUCUACAAUGUAAAUAGUCAUUAAAAUAAAGAAAAUUGAAUGAGAAGGUGUGUCCAAACUUUUGGCCUGUACUGUAUAUAACAGAGGCAGAGUAUACCUGCCCAAUAUCAUUAAUUUGACUCUAAUCUCUGAUGAAAAGAGGGAUUAUUAAUUUCAUUACAUGUUAGAUCAUUGACUUCUGGUGGAACAUUGAAAUCUGGUGAAAAUCCCUGCAUCCAGAAAGAAGGGAGUGAUUGUAAUGUUGUUCAAAAAGAAGAUACCAGGAACAAUAAAUAAUUAAACAUUUAGACUGAUAUUUAGACAGUAUUUAUUCAUGCUCGAUGUCUCAGCAUGUUGUAGAGUUGUAGAGGUUCCUAACGCCCAUGCAGCUCAAACAUUCUCACACAGUUCCUUUAGAUUUUGUGGUAGGCGUGUAGGAGUGAUGAUAACACGUUCAACAGCAUCCUAAACAGGAUUGGGUCUGGUGAUGUGAGUGGUGAUGCCAUAGUGUCUGUCUUCAUGGUAAGCUCUAUGUGGAUAAGCAUCGUCUUGUGCGCAUUUAGAAAAGGUGAUACCAUACCACAGCCAGCUGCAUCACCAGACCUGUCCCUGAUUGAAAAUGUGUGGGAUGCUAUCGGAUGAUCUAUCAGCAUUCUUAACAUCCCUACAGUAAAGUCUGCAGGAACUGUGUGAGAAUAUUCAUGCUGCAUGAGAUGGAUUAUCACAGGACAACAUUAGGAACCUCUACAACGUCAUGCUAAAACAUAGAUUUUAUAUACCUAUGGCAAUUAAUUAGUGUGUAAAAGGUGUCCCAAUAUUUUUGUCCAUAUAGAACAAAUGUCUGUGUAGAAUGUUAAGUGACUGAUUGAGGUUCAGAGCAUGUACAAAGACAAAUAUACCCUUUUAUCUCUGAAAUAUUUCUGUAGAUAAUUGUGAGAUGUGCUUUACUGUGUUUCGCUCCGCAUUUUGGAUGAGUGCCCGAGCAUAAAGGCAGUAGUUUUUUUUUUAUACGAUAUGCAAAUCAUGAUGUUCAAAAAUAAAUUUUACUUGUCUACUC